GGGAGAAUUUACUUGCAUAAGAUGAGAACAGAAAAGUUCUCUUCCCUAUCUUUUACCUUCGAAAAGUCUCCAUCUUUUCGACUUAUAAACCCCAAGAAAAACCAAACCAAAUCAAACAAACCAGCCUUGAAAACGAAAACCCAAAUCACAAUAUCGACCUGAACAACAUAAGAAUCAUCGAAGAUGGCGUAUGUGGAUCAUGCAUUCUCAAUAACUGAUGAAGAUUUAAUGGUGGAGACAUCGUAUGCAGUCAAUAAUAAGCCUCCUAUUAAAGAGAUUGCUCUUGCUAUUUCUCUUCUUGUUUUUGGUGUCGCUGGUAUUGUUUUGGGCAUUUUCAUGACUUACAACAGUGUUGGUGGUGAUAGAGCUCAUGGGCUUUUCUUUGCAAUAUUGGGAGUGGUGCUGUUUAUACCAGGGUUUUAUUAUACAAGGAUUGCAUAUUUUGCAUAUAAAGGAUACACGGGCUUCUCUUUCUCCAACAUACCGCCUGUUUAAUUGAUGAUAAGCAAGAUCAAAAAGUUGGAAUCUUGUCCUCCACGCUUGUACAUAUCUUUCUCGAGUUGUGCUUCUUCUUUGAUGUGCCUUCUCAUGUUUUCUUUUUUAAUAAUUAUGUGUAUUAGGUGGUAGUUUUCUAAACAAUUGAUUUGUUAUUUGAUGUAACGGGUUGUUUUUUCACGUCUAUUAAGGAUGUAAUAUAGUGAUCACAAUCUUUAGUUUCCAUGUAUUUCAUGAGGCUUGAAUCUUAUUAAGCCUUGUACACCAAAUUGGCAAAUACGUAUUAUCUAAUAGUUUUGGCUUGAGCGAUCA